CGUCUUAUCCACUAUAAUUAAUCAUUUCAUUAGUGGCAAAUGUAAGGUGCCCAACAGUAGGCAACUUAUCUCCUGAACUUGUCUCCAUUGGAAUUCGGUUUCUUGUCACCAAGAAUUUAUACUAAAAAGAUACCUUUAACAGAUGAAUUUUACAACAUACAAGUAGAAUGGCUGUACGAGAAAGAUUGAAAACAACAUGGACAUAUCGUCCUUAACAUCUGAUGUCUCGGAAGAAUCUCUGGGCCACUUGAUGAUCCCUUUAGCCCCAACAACCUCGAUGGGAGAUCAGCAACUACCAGACAUCGAUGGUGUAGAUAGCAACCAAUUUAACGCAACCAGUAACAAAAUGGCUACCACAAUGAAUGAUAGCAGUAGUAAAAAUUUUCUUGAUUACCACAACAAUUUAGUUUUAGGAAGUCGCGAUCUUAACCUAACCAACAAGGUUCAGCUAUUUCCUGAAACUAAAAAAACUGAAUCGACUCAAGAUUUGGGUGAAAAAUUAAAUGGAACGAUGGAUAUAGGUUCGGAUAAGGAAGACCCUGUUGACUGUGAUAACUGUGAUGGGGAAUUCACCACAUUGCAACAGUUCAUGGACCAUAAGUGUUCUAAAAUACAAACUGAUAAAUCCAACUGUGUUAAUAAUGAAACUGAUUUUAGUGAUGCUGAAAGCUUUAAUGGUAAAAUAGUGUACAAUCCAGAUGGAUCAGCUUAUAUUAUAGAAGAAAGUGAAUCAAACGGUAGUGACAAUGAUUCUAUAGAUAUACCUCAACAAGAUGGGGCCAUAGUGGACAAUAAGGGAACCUUAAUUUCUUCUUCCCCAGCUGUGUUUCCACAAAUAGCUAAUGCAUUUUUUGUGCCAAGAAAUCCUGGAUCUGUUUUAAAUUCCCUUUAUCAGUCUUCUAUUUCUUCAAAUAAAAACCAUCAAACUCCUAUCAUGCACAGCUACCGAGUGUAUGAUGUGCGAACUAAAGAUAAUAACAAUGACUCUAAGAGUGAGGAUUUCUCAACAGAGAACCACACUGACACAGAUGGUCCCACAGUUCCAACCAAGCCCAUACUUAUGUGUUUUAUAUGUCGCUUGUCCUUUGGAUAUACCAAAUCUUUUCAUUCUCAUGCAGCCACAGAACAUUUAAUGAAACUUACUGAGAAAGAAAAAAGGAUUUUAAAUAGCAAGAAUUCCUCCGCUAUCAUUCAAGGUGUUGGUAAAGAUAAGCAUCCACUGAUGUCAUUUUUAGAGCCGGUUUUCUCUAAUGACUCCAUGUCUAACAAUAAUUUAUGUCAUCCCAGUACAUCUGAUGUAGUGGACACUAAAUCCUCAACUAAUACUAGUUUUGUCUACACAAAGCCAAAAUCAGUUGAUAUUGUUGUUAAUUCAACAAAUUCUAACCCGUUAUUUCAAGAUAAACAUCAGUAUUCCAAUCUGUGGGGAAUAAAGUCUGUAGAGUCUAGGGAAAUGGAGAAUAAUAACAAUAUUCCAGAUGAGUCGGAUUCUAGUGAAGAUGAGGCGGAUUCUUUACAACCAAAGCUUGUCAUCAACUCUGGCAGCGCCCCAGCUACUAAUUCUUUAUCGAUCAACAGCAUUAUAGAAAGAAGAGGCUCUCCAAAAACCUCAUCAGAAGCAUCACUUCUUUCCAGUCCCUUGCCACAGAAUAUACCUGGUUUCCUUGGAAUGUGUGAUGAACAUCCACAAGGUCGUCUGCAAGGAGUAGAGUGCCCCAAAUGUGACAUUGUUUUAAGCUCUUCCCAAUCACUUGGUGGUCACAUGACCAUGAUGCAUUCACGCAAUUCAUGUAAAACUUUAAAAUGUCCCAAAUGUAAUUGGCACUACAAAUAUCAAGAAACACUUGAUAUUCAUAUGAAGGAGAAGCAUCCAGAAAAUGAUGCUCAGUGUAUGUAUUGCCUCAGUAACCAAUCACAUCCACGAUUGGCAAGAGGAGAAACAUAUUCAUGUGGAUACAAACCAUAUCGGUGUGAAGUUUGUAACUACUCCACCACAACGAAAGGUAACCUCAGCAUUCACAUGCAGUCUGAUAAGCACAUAAACAACAUGCAGGACCUUGCCAAUGGCAGCACGGAAAUGAAAAUGCCACCAUCUGCACCCCCAACACCAACCACUCCUUCUUUUCCUGAUGAGUCACAAUUUAAAAAAUUACAAAAGCCCAAGCAGACAUGGCGCUGUGAUGUCUGUAAUUAUGAAACCACUGUAGCCAGAAAUCUACGCAUACACAUGACAAGUGAGAAACACACCCACAAUAUGAUGGUGCUUCAGCAAAAUAUGAAGCACAUGCAGCAGGAUAUGCAUAUGCAAAUGAAUCAACUCAUGAUGCUAGGGCAGCAAGAUCAUUCUUUAUUUGGGCUUCCAUCUCCAAUGAGUGGAGGCAUGUUUCCAUAUGAUCAGUCUAUGUUAAUGACAGGAAUACCUCCAGGCUUUGAUAUACCAGUCAAUCUUUCUAAAGAAAAUGGCACCCCAUUGGAAGCAGAAGAUAUUCCUGAUGCAGCCAAGCUGUUUCAUUGUUGCGUCUGUAACAAUUUUACUACAGAUUCUUUAGAGGCUCUUCAUCAGCAUUUACAGCUUGACCGAACCAAACAACAAGAGAAUGAGCAUGUGACAGUAUCUGGAGGAACUUAUCUCUGUAAUCUGUGUUCGUAUAAAACCAACCUGAAAGCUAACUUUCAACUACACAGUAAAACAGAUAAACAUAUACAACGUCUACAGCUAGUAAACCACAUCAAGGAAGGUGGUCCUGGUAACGAAUGGAGACUAAAAUACCUGAAUGUUAGUAAUCCUGUCCAGGUUCGAUGUAAUUCCUGCGACUAUUACACCAACAGUAUUCACAAACUUAACGUCCACACAACUAACUUACAACAUGAAUCUAGUGCUCAACUCUUUCGUCACUUACAAUAUGAAGAAGCAAAGCUCAACAGUAGCCCUAAGUAUUACCACUGUGCCAUGUGUCAGUACUCUACCAAAGUUAAACUGAAUUUGAUUCAUCAUGUUCAGUCUGUUCAGCAUUUACAAAAUGAUGCAGCCUACAAGAGCCGAGUGAAAGAAGACAGUGCUCAGAGUCUAGAUGUUGACCAAAUAUUCCAAGUCCGCAAACUUACAGAUGAUGAUGACAUUGACUUUGAUGAAGAUGAAGGAGAUCUACCAGAAAACAUCAAACUGGGUGAGACAGAAGCAACAGAGGUCAAAGUUGAAGGUUCUUCAACAAUACAGAGUUCGCCAAAUAGUUCAGCAUCAGCAACAAUCAGUAAAAGUACAGAUGGGCAAGAUGUAAAACCUGUUAAUGAGAUCAGACUUGAAAACACUGCGACCAAAAACUCAAUAAAAGUAAAAUGGUAUCAUUGUCCAUUGUGCCAGGAAGAGUUUCCACAGAUUUCUCAAAUCAAAUCCCAUCUUCUGAAUGCACAUAAUGUUAAACCCGAGGGCCUGGAGCGAAUCCUUCUCAUCGCUGAACAGUCUGAUAGCGUGAGAUCCAGCAGUCCAGCAGAAGAAUUGGGUUCUGGGAUGCCAAAUGUUGAUAAACAGGUGGAUGUUAACUGGGAUUUACUUGAAGCUGAUCAUGCUAAAUUUAUCAGAGAUGAAGCUGUAGAUAGUUCAAUGGUGUCAGAGAAGAAUGAAGAGAGACAGUAUCGCUGUCAAACUUGUUCUAAAUCUUUUGGUAAUAUCGAUCAGUUGUAUGCUCACCAAAAUGAACUGGGCCAUCUAGAACUAAAGCAGACACCAAGAGGUCCCGGCUACCUGUGUUGGAAGAAAGGAUGUAAUCAGUAUUUUAAAACAGCUCAAGCAUUACAAGUUCACUUUCGAGAGAUCCAUGCCAGGCGCAACAACCUGUCAGAUGCCAAAUUUUCAUGUUCUCAAUGUUCUGUGGUAUUCCCAACAGAAGACAAGCUUAACAUUCAUUCGCAGUAUCAUUUAGUUCAAUCAGUUUCAUCUUGUCCCAUCUGUUCUGCCUCCAUGAAAGGUGUUCAACAAAUAUUCGAACAUUUAGAAUCAACUCACAGUGAUAUUGGGAAAACAGAACUGGAAAAACAUUUAAGUGAGCUAAAUACAAAAGCUUAUGCUUUGUAUACAAAUCCAGGCUUCGAAAAAUAUAUUGUUAAAAAUAGUGCUAGUGGUGCCAACCUAAUAUCUGAUAUAAGUGGAAAUGGAAUGUCAGUGACUGAAACUGUGAACAUGCGAGAUGAUGAAGAUAUGUCGGAUGAUAAUUCUUGUUAUGACGAUGAGGGUGAUAUGUUAAAUAAUAGUGCUAUUUCAGAUGAAAAUGUGAACUUUUCGGGUGUAGAUGGUGAUAAAACUGAUGGUGAUGUGACAUAUAGAGAACAACAGUUUAUGGAAGAUUAUAUGAACAGUCAAGCUAUAGCUGAAGGAAGUUAUGAAGAUCAUAAUAGGAAAUUUAAAUGUCACAGAUGUAAAGUAGCUUUUACUAAACAAACUUACUUAACCAGUCAUAAUAAAACCUUACAACAUCGACGAGGAGAGAAACUCGGCUAUCCAGUAGAUAGAUACUUAGAUCCCAACAGACCGUUUAAAUGUGAUGUCUGCAAAGAAUCCUUUACACAAAAGAGUAUUCUGUUGGUUCAUUACAAUUCAGUCUCUCAUCUGCAUAAAUCGAAACAAGCUGCUCAUCAAGGCUCCUUGUCUUCUUCAUUACCAACUUCCCAACCAUCAACUACCACAACAAGAUCAGCAUCAUCUCCUCCUUCCACGUCUUCUUCUCCAUCUACAGCCACAACAUCACCUGAUUCAGGACGUAAGCCCUAUAGAUGUAAUAUAUGUAGGGUCGCAUAUAACCAGGGAGCUACCUUAGAUAUUCAUAUUAGAUCAGUUGCCCAUCAAACCAGAGCAUCUAAGAUCCAUGAAUUGGCCAUGACAGGACGCGUAGACAUUACAUUGCCAUUAAUAGAAAAUCCAGAUUUAGGAAAGGUCUCAACACAACAAGCCCAAGCACUAACAGAUAUGAUACACCAAACUCAGGCUCAGAUUUCGGUUAGUAAUGUCCCUCAAGGGUCUCUUAUCUUCCCAGGUAUGUCAGGACUUCCAGCGAUGCCAGGUUUAUCAGGCAUUCUACCAACGUCUUCAACGUCAUCCCCAUCCCCUGGUUUACUUAGUACAGGCCAACCCCUGUCUUCUUCAAACAGCAUUAUUAAAUCAGACACAACCACAGUUCAAAGUAAGACACAGUCUUCAUCAUCAACCUUCCAUAACUCUUCUAUCAGCCAUGACAGCCCCAUGCUCCCUAUUUCAACAAUUAAACAAGAACAUGAUGAAGAUGUAAUUGACAGACCACUGAAGAAGGAAAUUAUUUCAAAAGAAGAAGAAAGAAUGGAUACUUCAACACUUGAUAGUUUAAAGGAUAAAGAAAACAACAACAGUAAUCUUACAUGCCAAAAAUGUAACUCAACAUUUACCAACCAAGAAUCUUUGAUACAACAUCAGAAGAUAUACUGCUAUCUGAGUACUGGAGCUGCUUUAGCCAGACCAAGGAAUGUUUAUGGUCGCUUUAAACCACAAGUUCAGAAAAAUCUCUUGGAAAAUAUUGGAUUUGAAUGUGUAAUGCAGUUUAAUGAGUAUACACAGGCAUGCCCAGCUAAGAAAGAAAAAGAUGAAGAAAAAAUGGAAGGCAGAAAUGAGGAAGUCAAAGAAUUGGAGAUUGAGGAGAAAAUUGAAGUGAUGCCAGAACAAUCAGCUAGAGUGAAAAAAGAAAGACCAGAUAUGCCUGAAAUAAACAGAAGUCAUUGUUCUGAAUGUAACAAGGAAUUCUCAAGUGUAUGGGUUUUAAAAGCACACCAAGAAGAAGUACACAAAGAAAUAGUACCAAUUGGUGCUGUAGAAACUUUUGGUGCUAAAUUUAAAACUGACUUUGAAAUGAAACAACCAAAAGAACCUGAAGCUCCACUUACCCCACACUCUUCUUCAACCACAGAUAAACCCACUCAACAAGAAAUGCCUCCGCCACCUCCCCCAUCACAAAUACCAAAUCAUUUUGAUAUUUCCCAAUUGAUGCCUAUGUUUGGAAUGAUGCCAAUGCCACUAGGAAUGAUGCCUAUGGGAAUGCCUUCUCCCAUGAUGCCAAUGAUGUUGCCAGGCAUGGAUAUGUCUAAUUUUAUGUCCCCCAUGCCUCCAAUGAUGGAUUCUAGCUUUACCUCUGCUCAACAACAGAUGCAACAAGCAGCAGCUGCAAACCAAAAGCGAGUGCGAACCAGAAUCAGUGAUGAUCAGCUAAAGAUCUUGCGUGCCCACUUUGAUAUCACUAAUUCACCUAGUGAUGAUCAAAUAAAGCAGAUGUCAGAUCUGUCGGGUUUACCGCAAAAAGUGAUCAAACAUUGGUUCAGGAAUACUUUAUUUAAAGAGAGACAAAGAAAUAAAGAUUCUCCAUAUAACUUUAACAAUCCUCCUUCCACAUCUAUUGAUAUUGAUGAAUAUGAAAAGACAGGUAAACUUACUGAUAUAAAACAGGAACCCAGUGAUGAUGAGGAUCGAGACAGUCAUGAUAUAGAUAUGGAUUCAGAGAAAGACCGAUAUGAACUAUGUUUUAAACCAGAACCACCAAGAUUAACUAUAGUUGAAGAUAGAAAAGAAUAUGACUGUCGUUCAAAUGCUUCCACCCCCUCUACUACGUCUUCCAUACCAUCUACACCAAACACCUCAAUACCAAAUACACCAACUCCUUCUUACGGCGCUAUGUAUGAUGAACAAUCACACAACUCAUUUGAUCACUCAAUUCAGUCUGCCUCAGCUUUUAGAAGAGCUAACAGGACACGGUUCACAGAUUAUCAAAUUAAAAUGCUUCAGGAAUAUUUUGAGCAGAAUGCUUACCCCAAAGAUGAUGAAUUAGAACAUUUGUCCAAGAUGCUGGGCCUUAGUCCAAGAGUAAUUGUAGUUUGGUUUCAAAAUGCUCGUCAAAAAGCCAGAAAAAUCUAUGAAAACCAACCUGCAACAGAAGCCAAAGAACCAAUCUCACCUUUUCAGAGAACUCCUGGUUUGAACUAUCAAUGUAAGAAAUGUAGUGCAGUUUUCCAGAGAUAUUAUGAACUAAUCAAACAUCAGAAAAGAAUGUGUAAUCCUGAGUCAAAAAAUAAAAAUAAUAUGAGUGGAGCCACUUCCUCUCAUUCCACGGCAGCUAAUAGUUCAAGUGCUGAUGAUGGAUUUAAUGAUGAAGAUGAUAGUGAUUCCUGCAUGUCUCCUAAUGAUGAUACCAAUCUUAGUUCUGCUGCUGAUGACUCAUCUAGUGUUGCACAAUCAUCAACUUUCCAGUGUGAUAAGUGUGAUGCUUCAUUUAAUAGACUUACCCUUUGGCAGGAACACCAGGCUAUUCAUAGUAUUAAUCCUGCUCUAUUCCCAGGCUUCUCAUCAAAUAGUGCUUUUGAUGUCCUUCAAUCUCUUGCCCAGCAUGAAGGAAAUAGUGGCAUGAAAAGAAAGUUUGAAAGUGAUGAUGAUCUAGAUCAGCCAAGAGAUAAAAGAUUACGAACCACAAUUCUUCCAGAACAGCUUGAUUAUCUCUACCAGAAAUACCAACUAGACUGUAAUCCAAGUAGAAAACAGCUGGAAAACAUAUCAAGAGAGGUUGGUCUCAAGAAACGAGUAGUUCAGGUUUGGUUUCAGAAUACACGAGCAAGAGAAAGAAAAGGACAAUACAGAGCCCAUCAACAAAUCAUUCAUAAAAGAUGUCCCUUUUGCCGGGCUCUUUUCCGGGCCAAGUCUGCGCUUGAAUCUCAUUUGGCAACCAAACAUCCAGAAGAAAUGGCAAAAAGGGAAUUUAACAUUGAUACUAUUCCAGAUGCUUCUCUUGAUGGAAGUCCACCAACUCCUCAACCACAUUCUGGACCAAUGUCUUCAAAUCCAAAUUCUGUCCAUGAUCUGAAUAAACUAAUCUCACCUGGAAUGUCAAAUUACCUUCCAUUCAUGCAUCAGUCAAAUAUCAGUUUCCCGUCUGGAGCUGAUUCUGUACAGAUGUCCAUGCAACAGUUGUAUGAAGAUUCCUUUAAAAAAUACAUAAGUGAUUUGAGCAGCACCCCGAAAAAUGCUCAUUCUACAUCAGAUGGAGGUAAAACAAGUGCGAAGAGAUCAGAAACUGAGAGCAAGGCACCAUCUACUUCUAUAGAAGAUGACACUCCACUAGAUCUCAGUAAGCCAAUCAAAGUUGUUACAGAUAAUCAUGACAAAACGUCAGAUGGGCCUUCCACAGAUAUGAGUGAAUUUAGCAUGGAAGAUCAUUACCAUAAUAGACGAAUAAGUUUAGAUGAUUCUAUUUCUGAUACUAUGUCAGAGGCAGCAAAUGAUGAGUUGAACAUCUAUACUAGCAACCCAUCAUCACCCAACACACAUAAUCAUAUCAAUAAACGCUACCGCACACAGAUGACUAGCAUGCAGGUACGAGUGAUGAAAACUUUGUUUACAGAUUAUAAAACACCUACCAUGGCAGAAUGUGAAUUACUUGGUCGAGAGAUUGGUCUUCCAAAACGAGUAAUUCAGGUGUGGUUCCAAAAUGCUAGAGCUAAAGAAAAGAAGUCAAAGCUUGCAUAUUCUAAAAGUUAUAACAGUGAUGUUGAUGUCCAUAAAACACCAGAAGAAUGUAAAUUGUGCAAAUUCAAAUAUUCUCACAAAUUUACUGUACAGGACCAUAUCUUCACGAAAAAACAUAUUGAUAAUGUGCGCAAAUAUAUUGCAUCACAAAAUGAUGCUGAGCGGGAGAUGUCUGAUCCUUCUGGUGUAUCAACAUUGCUAAGACAACAGAGGGAUAUGGAUAGAAUGAGAAAAGUUUGGGAUGAAACACAAACACCACCUUCACAUCUAGCUCAACUUCAAGCCAUGGGACUUAAUGCUAUGGGACUGUCAGGUACUGCCAGUCCAAGUAGUAGUAGUAAUACUGGUAACAAAGUAAAGUCAGAGAAAAAAGAAAAGAAGGACAUUAAAACAGAUAAUGCUCCAACCAAAGAACAAGCUGCUGAAAUGGCCAUGAAUGCCCAAAUGAUGUCUGCAUUAGGAGGUUUCUUACCUGGUAUGGAUCCAAACUUCCUAUCCUACAUGUAUUCAGGAUUACCUGGUUUCUAUCCUGGAAUAGGAAUGCCAAUGAUGCAACCAGGAAUGUUUCCAGGAGCUGAACAUAUGAUGGCAUAUGACCCUUUAGCAUUUGGAACACCACUGACAUUGUUACAGAUACCACAACAAGCAAUAAAGCAUGUUGGAGAGAAAUUAUCAGACCCUAAAUCGACCAGGGCCCAAUAUACUCAGGAUUGUAAACAGUUAACUGAGCUGAAAACUAUGGUUGGUUCUACUGAUUUCCGCUUGAUUACUGAAAGCUUGGUGGAUGUAGGGUACAUAUGUAAAAAAUGUCAGAUGGUUUAUCCUGCUAAAGAUGCUUGUGUCAAUCAUCAACAAUCAUUGUGUUUUGCGGGUGGCAAGGUGCCAGAAAAUGUGCAGCCGAUGUUAAAACUAGAACAGAUACAAUAUGAGUGUAAACCGUGUGCUGAGAAGGUGUCGUCAUUGUACGAAAUGAAGGUUCAUUGUCAGUUGGAUACUCACAAGCUAAAAGUAGCUAAAUACAUUAAACGUAAAUCAGCGUCUGGAACCUUACCUGUGUCUGUUGCUUCCUCACCCAGUCCCAGUAAACACAGAGCCACCCCAACACGAGACAAUCUCAAUAACUUCCAAAAUUCUGUAGCAGCUGAACCCGCUGUCACCCAACCAAAGAUUGAAUAAUAUAUAUAUAUAUUAUAAAAAGAUUGAUUACGUACUAUAGGAGUGACUGGUAAUCUUGUUAUGAAUAGAGGAACUUAUUUUCUAUAAGGGCUCUACAAGUAUUGCUUGUUUAUGCUCUUAAUGUUUUCUUUCUAAAGUGUGGAAACCUUGAUUAGUGGAUUGUAUAAAUCGCUUGCGGCCAAAAUAAGUUCUUGAAAGACUUUGUGUGUAGAAAAUGUGAUGACAUACCUCCUACUACUGGAAGUGUUGUAGAAACAUUUUCUCACCGGCAGUAUUGUUGGAGAUUUUAUUAAAUUUUUUAUAUUUUUGCUCGUAAGGUUUUAUUUUGACUGCCUUGAGAGUGUUCAUUAUUCCAUAUUUUAGGAAGUAAAUACAUAUCUUCUUCAGCAUUGAGCUGAAGGUUUGACUUUACAAAUCUUCCAUUUUUGUAUUAUCAUCAUAUCCCAGGUAUAUUGUCAUAUAUAAUAUGACAAUUUGGGAACUUGUGUCGCAAACCACAUGAACAUGUUUUACAACCAUGGAGUCAACCUCCUAGAGGUCUUCUCGUAUUAGUAGCAGAAUCUUAGUUUAUAGCAAAUUUAUUGUUAAUAUACUUACUUAUUAUAUAUAUAUAUAUAUUAUACUUUAUUCUAUACCAAUGAACUGUUUUAGAAUAUUGAUUGUAGAUAGUAUAUAAACUACAUUAUAAUUAGAUUUAUCAGUUUUGUUGAGACUUCUUAUUAGAUUUCAUUCAACUUUUUCAUGGUGCCAUUUUGUUUUUGGUGGUGGUUGUGAAGCAAGUGUUGUAAGAUUACUUACUGUCAAAAAAAGAUGUAUAAAAUUCAUUUAAUGUGACUAGUUAUUAAUAAUAUAAAUAUAUAUAUAUAUAUAUAUAUAUACAGUAGCUGAGUGAUAUAUUACAUACAUGUAUAGAAAAUGACUACUUUCUAUUAUAUUUGUGGUCAUUACUUCAUCUUCAAUUAUUGGCAUGGAUUUUUUUGAAUAGAUGAAAUUGUAGAAUUGCAUGUAUGACUUUGAUGUGGUUGAGUGUCAUGUCAUGGUCGUUGUCAAGGUGAAGGACAUUACUGUUACCAUAGAGAUAUAUCUCCUCUAUGUUAUCUGUUGGUGAAUACUAUUUUGUGUGAUUAUAUUGUGAUUAUUCUAAUUAGGGAAGAGAAUAUUUUGCGUUAUCAUGACAUGGUUUGAUCUAUCUAAUUUAGAUGACAUUUUUUUUUUAAAUAGGAAGUGUGGUGAAUAAAAAAAAACUUUGUGAUGUUUGACAUUGUGUAUUGAUUGCAUGGUAUUAUACUGUGACAUAUGUUGAAGAUGAUUUGCUUGUUUAUAUACAAUUGUUAUGUAUCUAUUUGUGGUUGUUAUGUUCUUCCAUGUCUGUUGUUAGUUCAUUAUUUCUGAUAAAAACAUGUCAAAGUGUUUGCAUUUAAACCAAAAUAUGAUUUUCCGUUUCUUAAACAAACUGUGUUCAAUUAAAAUGUGAUUCCAAUACUCAGAUACUUACAUGUACCAAAACACCAACUUUGGAUCAAUUUCUUACCUAAAUUAUAAUAAUGUUUGCUUUGGUGAGAAAAAUAUUGCGGCAUUUAUUAACAUAUCAUAAAAUUUACUUAAUGGCAUGUGGCUUAGUCCUAAAAUAGAAUAAUUAAACCUUUACCUGAGCUUACAGGUUAAAAUGGUUGUGUGUGAUAUGUGUUUGUCCUAUUAAAGUGGUCUGAUAAAAUAUAAACUACAGGGUCUCUUUUUUUUGUUUUCUCUUUUAUUAUUGUUUUCUAGCAGCACAGGGUUUUGUGUUCAGUUUCUCCUUGUCCAUUGUGUUUAGUUCUUAAUCUUUAUUUGUUUUGUGUUGUUUGUUGCUGACUUUAUUAUUAUAUUAUAUAUCAUUUUACUGUCAUUUUACCAUUACUUACAUUUAUUAAUAAUUAUGAUAGCUUUUUGAAAUUCCUUUUGUCAAAAAAAGAUAAAAUAAUUCCAAGACAAAUAUUUUGAAUAACUUAGGUUUAGUUUUGUAUUAAAAUUUGUUGAUUAAUAAUCAUAUCUAUAUAGAAGAAAUAUUGCUUGUAUUUUUUAUGUCCAGUUGAGAGCUGUUUCUGUAUGUGACAGAUGUGACAGUCAAUGUAUAGUUUUUAUAUAAUAUAAGUAAUGCUUACAGAGUUAUCAUUUUAAUAAUAUGCUUGUUUGCUAAAAAGGUUUAUUUUUGUAUGAUUGUAGUUUAAGGAAAUCUUCAGCUUGUAGUUUGUAUAGGGCUUCUGAGUUUUGGUGCAUUAUAAAAAGACAAAAAACUUAUCUUCCUAAAUGUGUAUAUCAUCUCAUUAUUUUGUACUGUUGGAGAGUAUAUGAAUCGUCAUUAUAUAAGAAAUAUAUUAUAUUAUUCAAUUUUGUAGCAUAUAUUAUGGUAGCCAUGUUUUACCUAUUAAAAGAUGUACAUAAUAAUUUAGAUAAUGUGGUUAUGUAGAUCUCCAAAACUUACUUUAUUCAAUGUUUAUAAUGGAAAUCCUAGAAAAUGAUUCUUUUAUUUUGUUUGUUUUCUUUUAGUGGCUGACAACAUAGCAACCUCAAUAUGAUCUUUGUCUGUAAUAUAGGGACCGUGGAGUCCACGUGUUCUACAGUACCUAAAAGUGCUUUUUGUUUUAUUAGCUCUCACUUGUUAAUUACAUAAGACUUCAUUUCUUACAGAAUGUAGUCAGUUCACGGACCAAAAAGGACAAGAUACAAACUUGCAUCCUUUAACGAUGAUUUAUUCCUGAAAAUGGACAGAAUAAAUGUGGAAAUAUUUUCUUCAGAACUUACAAAUUGUUGUUGUUUCCUCCUUUAAAUGUUGUCCACUUUCAGGAAAUUUAUUUGAUUUUGUUGUAUCUUAAUUUGUUAUAGAUUCUAGACCAAUCAGUUUUAGCUUUAGCAUUAAUGACAUUCAUUAGUUAUUACAAGUUUUGGGCUGUUUUUUUAAAAAUUGUUAUUUCUGUAAUGAAUUCUAUUUUAUAUUGAGGUAUUGACUUUAUUUGACUACCUUAUAGUUAUUAUAUGAAGUAUUGUCAGUACUGUACUGUUGUCUGUCUUUGUCUUGGUUGUUCUUUAUGUUUAUCAAAUCUCCAGUAAGAAAUUACAACUUGUUCCAAGUCAAAAUUGUUUGACCAUUUUUAUUUUCCAAGUUAUUACAUUAAUCAGUAUUAAUGGCAAAGUUUCUGGGUGAUUUGAUUCUAAUAUAAAACAACCAAGUGUAUAUCUUGAAUUUGUUGUGCUCCAUCGAGACUCAUUUUAUUAUGAAGUCAUCUUAUUUUGGUACUGUCAAGUCAUUUAGACUAUUCAACGAGAUAUAUGUAGUCUGCUUCGCAAUAUACAACAAAAUAAAAGAUAUGAUCAUUGA